UAUGGCCUACAACAAUAUCAACCUAAAAAGUUAAUUGAAAAUAUUAAAUGUUGCAUCUAAUUGUAAAAUAUUUUUUAGACGUUAUAUAUAUAUAUUCAUCUAUAACAUAAGUACAAUUUUUUAUAUAUAUUUCGCGGCACGUUAAACGGAUUUCCUCCAUUCCAAUUGGUCCAAUUCCAAACUCACGCGGUCCAAUGAUUGAGCGGGUUUCGCGCGGGCUCUUCCCAAACGCACCAAUCGGCGCUGCGUCGCCGGCAUAAAGUCCGCCGCCCGCCCACUUUGCGCUCACUAGUUUGCGGCGAAAAUGGCGAGAACCAAGCAAACAGCCCGUAAGUCGACCGGCGGCAAAGCCCCCAGGAAGCAGCUGGCCACCAAGGCCGCCCGCAAGAGCGCCCCGGCUACCGGCGGCGUCAAGAAGCCUCACCGCUACAGACCCGGCACCGUGGCCCUCCGCGAGAUCCGCCGCUACCAGAAAUCCACCGAGCUGCUCAUCCGCAAGCUGCCCUUCCAGCGCCUGGUCAGGGAGAUCGCUCAGGACUUCAAGACCGACCUGCGCUUCCAGAGCUCGGCCGUCAUGGCUCUGCAGGAGUCCAGCGAGGCUUACCUGGUCGGCCUGUUCGAGGACACCAACCUGUGCGCCAUCCACGCCAAGCGGGUCACCAUCAUGCCCAAGGACAUCCAGCUGGCCCGCAGGAUCCGCGGAGAACGCGCUUGAUUCCCGCCGAACCAAACCACAACGGCUCUUUUCAGAGCCAACGCACUUGACGCUAAACUGCUCAUUCCUCUGCGUUUCACUCGUUUUUGCUUGAAAACUGCACCCAAUGUAAACUUUACCGGCCGUUGUGCCACAACAGCAACAAAAAAAGAAUUUAAUGCAUGAUAAAAGUAACUGUAUAAAACAUUUGAAAACUACGUCCUGUAAAUUGAUAUGAUUGCAUAUUUAUAAAUGCAGAAAACUACAUGUAAAAUACCUUAUCCAGUAGAAAAAUAGCAUUUGUUGCCUGUCCUCUCUUCCCAAAAUUACUCUUUACUUGAAAAUAUCAUUUAAAUCUUG